UUUUCUUUGGAGUUCGCUGCUUAUUGCAAGGACCGUCAGCUGAUCACCAAAACAAACCUUUACAUCAAAACAUUACCUGGAAAUCAACAGCUGAGGAGAAAAACAGUUUCUUUUGCAGCCUAAGGAUGGGUAUCUUCUUGUCAUGCUGCGGUGGAGGGGGAUCCUCUAGCUACCAUGAUAUGGACAGUGAUCUUGAUGCUGAAACACGUCGACGACAGAUGGCAGAAGCUGCAGAAAACCGUCUAAAGGCUCAGGAAGGCCGUGGGAUUAGAGACCCGGCUGCGCUCAAACAACGACAAAAACGAAUGGAAGAAAUCGAACGAAAACAAGAAAUGGCGGGAGGCAACGAUGGUGGACUUCGGUGGCAAGUUGGUUAACAGUACAGAAUGCAAGUUGAAGGAGAGCCUCUCAUACAUAUACUAAGAAAUGUCUCACUAGCCUGUGUUCAAGAUUUAUAUGUAUUUUAUCUUCAAGGAUGGAAAAUAGCCUUACGUUUGCCUAAUUUUUUGAUUUCACGAAUCUCUUGUUAGGGCCCUCACUCACCCAUCCCUAUUGCAUUGGAGUAUCAUAGAAUCCAAAUACCCACGUAACAUAGUUGUCACGAUCGUAUCCUUAUGCCUGAUACGCUGAUUUUAUAAGGUCCCCCAAUUUUUUUGUCAUGAGGUCAAUCUGAGGAAAAGGAGCCUGCUGUGAGUUACAUGAAUGUGAUACCGUGUUUUUUGUUUGAUCGUAGAAGUCAUUGUCCAUAGAUUAUGUCAUACGCAUCUGUUAUAUCUGUCUAUUUCCAGACAUUGUAGCUUUUAUGGGUGGACACUUGGUUUAGACAGGUUAUUAAAAACUCUUUGUGGUAGGUACAUUUUUUUCAUAUGUUAACUUGAUGGCUUUGUGACUGACUUGGUAUGGAUAUUGCCCACAUAGUAUAAACCUUGUAAAUAAUGAUAGCAGUUAAAUAAAUCAAACAAAUAUAUAUAAAGAAUGUCACACAGAACAGAUGUGAGGUUUUAUAGUCAGAGUUGUAUAUUGAGUUUCUGAUUUACAGUUUAGUUGAGCUGCCACAUUGACUUUCAUUUUUUAUAAAGUGAUAUCUUUCCAAGUGUUUUAUUCAUGGAGAGGUGUUUUCAGGGUCUCUCCAGAAUGCUGUGAAUUAUGAGAGCUGAUCUAGCCUUUUUUCUUUUCUAAGCAGCUACAGUAUAUGAAAACUUGUACCAAAAACAUAAGUGGGUAAAACAUCAAUUUAUUGUCAAAUAAUGGAUUAGGAAACUAGAGGAAAUGAUAUCGAGUAUAUCAUCAUUCCAUCAAAUAUUGAUUUGCUGAAAGUUGUGAACUAGAAACUUACUUGUAUCACACAUACGAUGAAGUGCGUGAUAUUGACUAAAUGUUAUACCUCCUUAGAUGACAUUAGUAGUUUAUGUUAUGAGACAACAGAGAUUACCAUUGGUAGUAUUCAGUGUGCAAUUAUAUACAAAUACAUUUAGGUAGAUAAACAGAUUUUUAACCCCUAAAGGACAAUAUAUGGUCAUUUUCUUCCUCAAAUAUGUAUGAUAUGCAGGAUGAAUGACAGCACAAGUCAUUUUUCCUGCCAAUUUCUUCAUUUAUUUACUGCGGAAUUUUGAGUCUCACUUUCGUUUUAUUUCAGUUGUGAGGGCACACGUAGCUUUAAACUCUUCCGUCCUUUAAGGGUUAAGAUAAAGAUUAAGUGUAUGACAGUACCAUCGUGUUCAUUCAAAUUAUAUGUCUUGAUGUAGUUAGUUACAUAUACAUUUAUACAUCUCAAUACUGUAUUGCACAUAUGUAUUAAUGUUUUGCUGUAUUCAUAAUAUAUAAGAUUAUUUACUCUCUUAAAAGUAUGUUAGUAAUUUUAUGGACAAAAGUGCAUCAGUAAUUCCUUGUGAAAAACAAGUCUGAUAAUGUAAAAGAGGUAGAGCAAGCAUAAAAAAAAUAAUGAUGGGAGUUGUAACAGAUUCAGAUAGAGAUUGGUCGUGGGACGAAGGUGAAGAUGACGCAAUUUUCAAUUGAUUAUCAUUUUAUUUGAAAUCAUCCUUUACAGUAGUCCAUGUUUUUAAAGAGCAGUAUCUUUACUUUCAGAAAUAUCAUAAUGGGACUCUUUUUUUUUUUUUUUUUCUUUCUUUCUUUCUUUCUUUUUUGUCUGUAAGCUAAGUGUUAUAACAUACUGAUCUGAUUCUAUGAUGGAAAAAAAAUUUAAGAAUGUAAAUCAUUAUGUGUGGAUUAUCAUUGAUUGUGUUUUAGAAGAUUAGAAUAUUAUAAUUUCGAGUGUGAUUAAUGUAUACUGGAAUCAUGCAAGAAAAUCAGAGAUGUAGAUGCUAGUUGUUAAAAAAAUAGUCUUAAUAUCUUUCAUCAUCAUUUAUACUAAAUAAGAGAGGGUACUUGUUUAUUCGUUUAUUCUUUCUAAUCUGCAAAAUAGUCUCAUAUUAUGGGAAUUAAUCUCCAAGGUAGAAUGUGGAAUUAGGAACAGAUAAAAGGGGGAAAUGUGUUAUUUAAUGUUAAGCAGUAGAAACCAAGAAGAGAUUUGAUUUAAGAGAAAAUAAAAAAAAGGGAAAAUGUGUUCUAUUAUUUUAAGUGGAAGAUUUGAUUUUUUUAAAAGAUAGGAACUGUUAUCUGCAGGAUCACAAGUAAAUAACUAGUGCCGGAAUCAGGACAUUAAUUUCCAUGUUAGCCUUGCCCGUUUUACAUAAUUUGAUUUGCACUUACCUAGAAUUUUUAAACAGGUGUAUCUUUGUCUAUCCUCGUAUUUGCUUUAAAAAAUAAUAAUAAUAAUACAGGAAAUGUCAGAUUUGCCCAUUUUUUGAAGGGUAAUGAAAGCAAAACUAUAUUACAUUGCAGGUUAUACAAACAUUAACAGUUAUUUAUUCAUGCAAGCAAAAUGCCAAAGAACACAAGAAUUUUGCAAAUAGUAUUUUGUAUUUUUAUAUGGAUUCUUAUGAAUCUGAGCUUUAUAUGAACAUGUAUUUUAUAUACCUUUCUAUCUGUGCUAUUUUCAACACAGAAGUUUGUUAAUACAGCUUUCUUUCCACAGUUCUUUUUUUUCUUUUUGUCUACAUAAUUUAUAUUUCUGGAUGCGCAGUCCGUAAUGUUGUUUGUUGUGAACAUAAAUUACCCUAUGGAUUGUCUAAGACAGAAAUUUUUCAUGUUUGCCUUAGUUGAAGAAGCUGUAGAGAUGGCAUGGGUACUUAUUAUUAUAUUGUUGUUUUCCCACUUUCCAUCGAACAAAAUAUAUCAAAAGAAUUACUCAAGCAUUUUCCUAUCUUGUUUUCAAAAUUAUAUAGUCAUUGAAGCUUAUUUUAAUCUCGAAAAUGAUUAUGAAAACUAGUUUCAUCUCUUUGAUAUAAAAAUCAAGAGGAUCUGACUUUGCUGAAUAUAUGAUAUAUAUUUUCUGACAUAGAUCCAGUAAAAGUAAAUUGAUUUUUGACAAAAUACCUCAAUGCAUUAUAUAUUACAGUGUCCUUUAAAGUAAUGAGCGUUCCUCAUAAUGCAGCAAAACUCAGAGAACUGAAUUAAUACAGGUCUUUAGGUAUGUUUGUAGCAAAUAAGAAGUGUGCAUUAUACAUUUUCAUUAGCCAUUAUAUAUAGAGUAAUCUGCAUCAUUCCUUUUUUCUCUUCAUCCUCUGCCAAAGAUUAUUUUCACCUGAAGUAAAGCAUGAAUUUCUCUCUUCCAUUCAUUUUCCAUUCAUCCCUGUAUUCACUUGAUUUUGUUUUUCGUUUUAUGGUUUGAAAUUGUGAUUUAAUAUCCUGUACUUAAACACAUUUCAUAAUCACAUACUGAAUCACACUCAUGGAUAAUGAUUUCCCUGCUGCCUUAUUAUAUGGAUUUUAAUACUUUCUUUAUUGUAUGAUACAUUAUGAGAGACAAAAUAAAUUGUGUUACACUGUA